AUGGACAAAAUCCUCGAUUUAAACGGUGAACCACUUAAAGCUGUUAUUAGUGAUUCCGAUCACGAUAAUGACUCAAUGGAUGAACGCUUUGUCGGUGGUUUAAAUUCGCCGAACGUAAGCCAAGAUGAUGACGAAUCUGACGACGACGAUUUGGUUGAUUUCACGGAUGAGCUUGGAGACUUCACAAAAAAAUACAACGCAUUCCGCCAACAUAUGCAGGGGCCAAACAGUCAACACAAGGACGGAUCUUUUCAGAGUUGUGCUGAGACAGUAGCGGAUUCAAACGCUGAAAAGAAGAGAAGACGCUUGAAAGACCGAGCUGACCGUGCAACUGUUGAACAGGUAUUGGACCCAAGAACGAGACUAGUGCUAUUUCGACUUUUACAACGUGGAACGUUGAGUAAUAUCCACGGUUGUAUUUCAACGGGAAAAGAAGCCAAUGUGUACCACGCUACUAGCGAAAAUACAUCUUUGGCUGUAAAAAUCUACAAAACUAGCAUUCUUACGUUCAAGGACAGGGAACGUUACGUUGUUGGUGAAUACAGGCGAGUAUUCAUGUACCGAAGUGGAUACUGCAAGCAUAAUCCACGUAAAAUGGUUGCAGUAUGGGCUGAAAAAGAGAUGCGAAAUUUGCUCCGUAUGCAUCAAGCAGGCCUUCCUGUGCCGAAGCCUAUUUUGUUAAAGGGUCAUGUUUUGGUAAUGGAGUUCAUUGGACGCGAAGGAUGGCCUGCACCUCUUCUGAAGAAUGCUACUCUUUCAGCAGAGGUGGCCGAGAAAUUGUAUUUGCAACUUGUUCUUGACAUGCGAACUCUAUAUCGUUCCUGCAAGUUAGUGCAUGCUGAUUUAUCUGAGUACAACACACUCGUUUUGGAUGAUCGCUUGUACAUAAUUGAUGUUUCCCAAUCCGUUGAACAUGACCACCCACACGCUUUGGAUUUCCUAAGAUCUGAUUGUAGCAAUGUCAGCAAAUUCUUCAGAGGUCUGGGAGUUCCUGUAUUACCAACUCGCAAACUCUUCGAACUCAUUGUUGAUCCACUAAUUGGUGACGGUCAUGUUGAAAGCUGGUUUGAAAUGCGCAGUCUUGAUCCAUCUGACGAUGUGGUCUUUAUGAGUGCGUUCAUUCCUCACAAAUUAGAUCACGUUCUACAUUUCGAAAGAGACAGCAAACUUCUUAAAGCUGGUCAGGAAACAAAUAAUCCUUAUCAGAAUAUAAUCUCUAAGGUCGAUGUGUUGGGUCAAGGCUUUGAUGAAUGCGCGGAUUCUUGUGAUAGGUCUGUUUCGCAAAGCAGUUAUUCUCAAUCCGAUGAGGAAGAGAAUGUUAAACGACCAGGAAGAGUAACUGAUGACAAAUACUACAGAGACAAGUCAGAAACGAAGGAGCAACGGAAAGCGAGGAAACAAGCUAUAAAGGAAGAGAAAAGGGAGACACGAAAAGCUAAGAUUCCCAAGCACGUCAAAAAGCGUGCGCAUCGGCAGCACAUGAAAUAA